AUGUCUCUUCCUCCUUCUCUGGUCUUUCUGUUUAUGGUUCAGGGUAUUUAUAGUCAGAGUUGGGGUGUGUGGUACAGGCCUGAUAGUAUCUGUGCUGUGAAGGGUUCAUCAGUAACCAUGCCCUGCUCCUACACAUAUCCCAGCGGUUAUAGAGUUGAAACAGUUUACUGGACAAAAAAUGAAAAUGGUAACCGCCCUGCAUUGUCUGAAGAGCCAGCUUAUAGAGGCAGGUUUCAAUACCUUGGAGAUAAACAGUCAGAUUGUAGCAUGAAACUGAGUGAUGUGAGAGAGAGAGAUGCAGUUAUGUAUCUAUUCAGAUUUGAAACAGAUAAAACAGGGGGUAAAUGGACUGGUUCACCUGGAGUCCAACUCUCAGUUACAGACCUACAGAUGGAGACUCCAGAGAGAGUGAAGGAGGGUGAUACAGUCACUCUGAAAUGCAGAACCACCUGUUCUCUGAGUAACAGUCCAACCUUCAUCUGGUAUAAAAAUGGACAAGUUUUAACAAGGAAAAACAUGAAGAACAAUGAACUCUCUCUCCAGUCAGUCAGUCCCUCUGGUGAAAUAGUGGAGGGCAGUUCAGUGACUCUGAUCUGCAGCAGUGAUGCUAAUCCACCAGCCACCUACACCUGGUUUCAGAAGAAUGGAACUGUCUCUAUAGGAAAAGAAGAGACCUACAGGAUCAACAAGAUCAGCUCUGAGGACAGUGGAGAAUAUCACUGCAAGUCUAAUAAUAAACAAGGACAUCAGUAUUCAAAUACUGUAUCUCUAAAUGUUUUAUAUCCUCCAAAGAAGACCACAGUGUCAGUCAGUCCCUCUGGUGAAAUAGUGGAGGGCGGUUCAGUGACUCUGACCUGCAGCAGUGAUGCUAAUCCACCAGCCACCUACACCUGGUUUAUGAAGAAUGGAACUGUCACUAUAGGAAAAGAAGAGACCUACAGGAUCAACAAGAUCAGCUCUGAGGACAGUGGAGAAUAUCACUGCAAGUCCACUAAUCAACAUGGACAUCAGUAUGCAAAUGCUGUAUCUCUGAAUGUUUUAUAUCCUCCAAGAAAUACCACAGUGUCAGUCAAUGCAUCUGGUCAAAUAGUGGCAGGCAGUUCAGUGACUCUGACCUGUAGCAGUGAUGCUAAUCCACCACAGAUAAACUACACCUGGUAUAAAGAGAAUGUAACUUCACCUGUAGGAUAUGGACAGAGUUACAUCAUCAACAACAUUCAGUCCAAUAACAGCGGACUAUACUACUGUGAGGCCCAGAAUAAACAUGGCUCUCAGAGAACCACUGCUGUACCAAUCAAAGAGAAAGGUAUGGACACUGUCAUAGAUGUUGUCAUAUAA